GGAAAACCUGCUGCGAGUGCCGAAUGCUUAUGGCGCGUGUCCUUCCAGAGCUUCCUCUUCGGAGAAGGUGCAACGAGUGGCCCUGGGGACGAGUGUAAAUGCUGCAGAGUCCUCGCGCGUAGCAGAUCACGUAACUACCACCUCGGCUGCCGCACACGCGGUCAUUACGAGACGUGUUGGAUCACCAGCAGCGCCUGCGCAUUUACGCGACGGAAAGAAGUGUGCGCCUGUUCUGCAACCGCAGCGACCACGGAGCCCAGCAAAACAAGAUGUUGUUGAACCGUUGGUACAAUACUUUGUCUUUGUCUUCCUUCUUUAGAGUUUCUGUUUCACUUUCUUUCACACGUCGACAGAAAACUCAAAUACAGGUCCGACAACGCCUCUUCGAUUGGCAGAAGUAUCACGGCGUCCGAUCAGGCUCGCCGCUUUUUCCCACCUCACCUACGUCGACGUACUCUUCAGCUGCUGCUGCGGCUUUCGGUACAACAGUACAAAGAGGGAGUAAGAGGUACAUCAUACCGCACGCAGCUCGUGGAAAGCAG